AUUGUAAUACACAGAAACCCCGAGAUCAAAAUUCUCGAUUUCGACCAAAGUUGAGUGCCCCCUGGUUUACGAUGUCAAAGAAAGGAUGGAGAGCAAAGUCCCAAACAAUGAUGUUUUUAGCUGCGCCCGAUCCACCAGCUGUGGCCGCUCCACCGGAUACGGCCGCGCCAGUGGAGAAACCAAGGCCCACGAUGAAGGAGCCACCACCGACAUUUAUCUUUGACGUCGUAGUGACCAAUUUGGAGGCACAGGGCGUAGAAAUAACCGAUCCCAAGGGGCUGGCGAUCGAUGUGAACUUCAAUCGCAUGCCUUUGACCCUCACCUCGAGCCGGAUCAACGUCAACGAGUUCAAGCCGGGCAGCGGCGCGGAGUUCCAGACGGAGCCCAAUUCCUUACGCAAAACUCUCGAGGAAUGCGGCAUGACAUUCGUGGUAAAGUACAAGGAUCGCGCUGUGGGCAGCGGACAGACAUCCUUCCCUACCAUGGUCACAGAGCGUAUCGCACGAGAGAUGAGCGACAUCAUCCAUGUGGACACGUGCGUUUUGUCUAAAGGGGGAGAGCCGGCUGGUAAGCUGGAGGUCCUCUGCCGCCUUGUCAUCCGCUGCAAUGAGCAGCCGAAGGUGGGAGAGAGCGAAUGCCAGCGGAACAUGGACAAAAGCAUCAAUCCGCAGGACAUAAUGUUCGUUAUGGGCGAAUCCCAGCACUGUCCCAGUCCUUGCGAUCCCUGCCUAGAUGCCAUGGAUUCAGAGCCGGGUGACGAGCGUCUGCGCCUGGAUCUGCAGCGAUAUCACAGUCAGAAGGCCGGCACCUUUAACCCCAACAAAAUGACGACGGACAAACCAUCUGGAAUUCCGGCUUGCUGUGAACUGAAGAAAAUGGCCGUGGAGUAUGAGCAGCUAAUAGACUCCAUAACCAGGUCCACGGGCUGCGCGCCACCUCCAAAGCCGCCUUGUCGGAACCCGGAUGAGUUUGAUAUGAGUCCCUGUCGUGACACACACAUGCCCGUGGAUCUGAAAAUGCCAGGAGAGCCCCAUCUGCCCUGCUUUUCGUAUCUGCCGACUCGUCAGGAACAGAAGCCCGACUUUUGCGAUCAGAACCAUAUACCAAUGCCCAUUGCAGACUGCGACGGAAAGAAGCCGGAGAUCAAGCCCAUCCGUUUCUGUCCCGUGUGCCUGACCAACAUGUCCUGGAUGCCAAAAUUUGCUUCCUGCCCAAAGUGUGGCAUCAAGCCGAUGCCCGUGGUAGAGGACCGGCACAAGGAGAAGAAACUGACGGCCGACCAGAUACUGCUCGAGUUCCUCGGCAAGCCACCGGCCACGAUCGACGAUUACUGCGUGGAUCCUUGCGCAAAGGCAGUCAAGGACAAGGACAACGAUGCAGGUGGCACUGACGAGUGUCCUCCCUGCCGCUGCACUUGCAAAUUCGGGAAGCUCUGCGCCCACUGUCGCAUCCGGAAACUAUGCGCAGAUAUCUUCCAGACGAACCAAGUCCAGGCCAAGUGUCCCAAGGUGGAGCCGCAGCCGCCCGAAGACUUUUGCGUCGUUAACAAGUCGAGUAACGAGGACUGCCGACCCUAUCUGGCCAAGGUUUUCUCUGAACUGCGCGACCUCUACGACAUCAAGGACACUAAAAAGAUAUCCGAGUUCGAUGAGAACUGCGAACUAAAAAAGACCAAGGAAGAGGAGCCAGACACGACAGGCAAAGUUGAUCAUAAGAACAUCCGCAAGGAUAAACUCAAGGCACAGACUACGAAGAAGCCUCUCUACAACCCAGGCCCCAAGCGCCCCUUCAACACCCGCACCGUGACCGGCCGCCACAAGUACUGCGUUCGCCAGCAAGGAGGAGUAUCCAGAGGCCACGGCUGGGCAUGGAGCAACAGCUAUGAAGCACGCAAGAUGGGCUGGCGACCCGGCGCCAUCCGGCGGCCCAUCAAAAAGCUUAUGAAGUUUUUUCUUCUGGACACUAGCCGAGAGUCGGCCUUUAAGAAGUGCAAAGAUGCUGAGGCCAAGGAACUGGCCAAGGAGCUACAGCAGCCGGUGCUCAAUGUCUGCAAGAAGAACGGGGAGAUCUUUAUCACCCUCCGGCCGUUGGGCACGCUCGGGAUGCGGCAGAAGCCCAUCAUCUUCCGGGUGGUUAAGAGUGAGCUGGCCGUGGCGCUGCGGAAGAUCAAACGGAUUCUCAAGGAAAAGGGCUUCAGAAAGUGCACCUGCCACCAGACGCUGAUGAUGUGCACCUGCCGCAACACCCUAGAGAAGAAGCAGCUGGCUUCCGCCCUUGACAAGCAGUGCCAGCGCCACUGCAUAGCCCCCUGUGCCGACCAUCUGGUCCUGACGGACACCAGCGAGAGCGACGUGGAGUUCGACUUCGAUGUCACGCCUCCCGCAGGCACCGAGCAGCCGCAGAGGCGACCCAAAGCUCGCAGUGAAAACCGAGGCACACAGACUAGCAAAAAGGACCGACAGCCGCCGCCGCCAAAGUAUCCACUGAAGCAGAGUCCCUACUGGAAAGCGUACAACUGUGCCGCGGGCGAUCGCUAUGUGGCCACGGCCUUCGGGUCACCCGGCGAGGAUGUCUACGAGGAUGGACUCUUUGGGUGGGGUGGCGGUGGACCACACGGACCGUCCGCCCAGCCUGGAGGAAAGCCGAAGGCGCCUGGCAUCUGGGGCUCCCCCGAGGGAGGCCCUAUGCCAGCGGGACCAGGAGGAGCCAGUCGAGGCGGCCGCGGAGGUGCCUCUGGAGGUGGUGGAGGUGGUGGAGGAGGCGGUGGUGGUGGUGGCGGUGGUGGUGGCGGUGGCGGCGGCGGUAUACCAGCCGGAUUGAAGGGAUUCCCAAAGGGAGCAGGAGGCGGAGGAGGAGGACGGGGCGGAGGUGGAGGUGGAGGCGGAGGUGGUCCGAUUCCGGUGAGAAUGCCCCAGCGAUAUAUAAAAGCCCUCGAGAAAGCGGCCAAUGCUGAGAAGGAGGUACAACAGAAGCAAGCCGAGCAGAAGAAGAAGGGCAUAGAUAUGAUGAAGUACCUCCAAAAGUCGGGAGCUCUCAGCAAGCCCUGGAACCCGGCAGACGGCAAGGCUCCGAAAGGCAAGCAAACCGGUCCUGUCGUCGGACCCGAUGGCCUAACCGACGCCCAGCGCAAGCGUCGCGCCCUGCUCGACAUGCCCCAGCCCCCGCUCGAUUCGAUAACACGAAGGGGCAAGCCCUUCGAUCCCUGUGCCCCAGCUGCCUACUACUGUGGCUACUACUGCUAAGCGUGCGUCCCCUCUCUCGCCCCAUUUUCAAGCAUUUCCAUUUGGUGUGAAAUUUUAUUUGCCACUUUUCCUCCCCUUCAUCAAACAUUCAGCAAGUGUGUUGGCGUUUUGUUGUCGCGUUUCCUCGGAGCUGAUCAACCCACAACGAUUCGCUUUCAAUUGACACCACGUCUCCAGGAAUUUGAACUGGAGAUGGUCCGCAGGCACAACACAUUCACGCACAGAUGUACGGAGGCAUCCACCUCACUAAUGCUGCGAAAAUCCAAUGGCAUUACCAAAUGUUAUGUUAUGUGGAAGAAGAUUGUAUAAAGCUUGUACAUAAUGCAUGAAA